AGGCAGCCCCCUGUGUGUGAUGCUGGGCUCUUAGGCCAUGCAGUUUUAAUGUCCAGUUCUGGCUCUGCCUUUCUCACAUUCAGUUACUCCUUCCCUUCAUUCUCCUCAUUCCUCUUUGUUAUAAACCAGUCUGAUGGGUAGGUUGUUUCUGUUCCAUCAGCAUGCCUCACACUGGGCAUGACUUUGCCCAUGGGCUUGGGUUUGAUGCAAUCUGUCCCAUCUCAGCCCAGUGUGGGGCUUGGGCUGUCCCAGUUGGAACAGAUGUGGUGUUUCUCUGAGCCUGCAGUUGCUCCAGGGUUUCUCUGCCAAGCAGGUGUCACUGUGUCUGUGGGGCACACAUCUCUUGCUCCUGGCUGCUCCCUGUGUGUGGUACCCAAGGAGAGGCAGCUGCCCUGCUGUCCCCAGCCACAGUGCCCUCUGCUCUUUGGGGAUCAUCCUGUUCCUGCCUUCCCUGCACGCUGGGACACAGAGGCCUCUCAAGGGACACUCGAGGUUUUCCUGAGUGUCCUGCCCCCAGCUGCAGGGCUGCAGCCCCUCAGAGGCAGGCCCUGCUCCCGGGCCCGGUGCCUGUUUGGGGUUGUGCCUGUCCUGGUCACGCUGCUGCCAGCAGAGCCUGUCCCUGGCCCUGGGAGCAGCUCCUGCAGCCACUUGUGCAGGGAAGUUCCUGCGCUGUGGGAAAGCCCUGCAGGUGCCUGGCCCAGGCAGGGAGGGGGCACUGAGCUGCAAACAGACCUCAGGGCCAAGGCAGCUGGAGCAGAGCCCAAAGGAAGGACUUGCUGGCAGGACUUGGUGUGGUGCAGCAUGAGGGGCUCCUCACCACAGUCAGAAAACCUAAAUUCCCAGGGAGCCAAUGCCAGCACUCCCAUGGGAGAUGGAGCAUCCAGGACAAUUGUCUUGGCAGGUUCAUCUGUGGGAGCACGGGAGGGUUUCUUUUCUGGGAGCAGUUGCAGUCUGCAGUCAGGGCUCCGCUUCACCAGCCCUUGAGUCAUCCCAGCUUAAGUGCAGGGGAGGAGAAGAAUGGCUGAGCAGCUGUGUGCAGGCACAGGCACUGCCAGCAGCACAGCUGGAAAGGAGGAAGGGUCAGGCAGGUCCCACUGUUGUGCUUUGCAUAAGCUGACCCCAUGAGGUGAGGAGUGGGAGCUCUCUAAAGUCUGGGCUCUGGGGCUUGCUCAGUCCUUGUGUUCAGGAGUGUUGGCAGGGGUUUUCCUCCUGUGCCCUUUCUCCAGCUGUCAGAGUUACUGUCUCCGAGUUUCCCCAAGCCAGAACCUGUCUGCGUCUGGUUUGGGUUUCAGUAAAUUUCAGAUGCUAUUUUUUCCCACCUCUACCUUUCUGUGUGCGUGGAAAACAGCACUCCCAACUCCCCUGCUAUGUUUGGGAAUGUGGGCAAUUUAGCAAAUACAAGAUGGGCAGUGCCUAAAAGCAACCACGUAGCCAAAAUAAAACAUGGGUAGGAUGUGAGUUCUCCAUAUGGGAUGUGGGUCAGUGAUGGGCUGAUCACACUGGGGCCUGGCAUGUGGGAAGCAGUACGUGCACUGGCAGGUCAAUAACAAGUUAUGCUGCUGUUAGGGAGACGUGCAAUUUCUUUAAUUCUAGGUUAGCUUUAAGCUGCUGCAGGCUCCUUUUGGAGAGAGUACAUGAGCAAUCCCAUGGUGUGUGUGGCCCCCAAAGAUCCCUCAUUGCUUUUCAUCAGGCAGCUAUUGACACAGGUUCUGGCUCUGCAGACUUAGUUAAUUACUCUGCUUCCUGGAAUUCCUACUGCAAGAUGAAGGUGGAUUUAGGGUUGUUUUGUUUAUUCUGAAACAGAGCUCUAAACCAGAGCUAGAAAAGUCCAGGAGAAACAGACAGUACUAAAAAACCUGGUAUCAGACAAGGCCUCCAUGGCACAGGCUCUGCAGUGGGGCAGAGGCAGUGCAGAAAGCUGCCAUCCCUAUCCAGCAGCCCUGGGGUGUGUGCUGCGGUUGGUUUGUCAUGGGGAUGUCAGUACAGAUUAGGGUUUCUCCUUUCCAAGCCCCCAACAUGCAGAGAACCAGGAGUGUUCCCACAGUCUAUUUCUGGAUCUCUCUCAGCCCAGCUGCAGGGUUGAGUUGUGAUUUGUGGGGCAGGAAGGCCUGUGGAGUUUUCCUAAACUACUGCUGUGCUGCUUGAAAAGGGCCCUUCUGUAAUUGCAGCCUGUGCCGUGGCUUUCAGGAACUGGAGAUGCAAACCCAAGGGGCAAAGUCAAACCUGAACGAUCUCUUUGUGCUCUUCUCGAAGGAAAGGUCCACGUGAGCUUUGUUGUGCAGCCAUGGAGGUUCUGCUGCAGUCUCACCUUGGCUGUGCUGGUGUGUGUGGCAGCAGAAACAUUGUCCCAUUCCUGGGAGGCAGCAGGCAGGUCCUGGCUGUACCAAACCUGCAGCAGGACAGCAGCGCUGCUGCUCUGUGCUCCAAACCUGCAGCAGGACAGCAGUGCUGCUGCUGUGUGCUCCAAGUGAAAUGAGCACCAUGUUCCAGGCCAAAACCAAAAGGGAAUUUUUCUUCCAAGCCUAACCCCAGGUUAUCCUUGAAGCCUCGCUGACUUCAUGGAUUGAAAGACUGACUUAAAAAUCAGUGCUGCUUUGCCAUGUUUGGGGUUACUCAGAGGCAUUUGAUCGUGCUGCUGGGAGCUGAUGAGAGCAGGUACUUCUGCUGCCUGUGGCUGCUGUGUCCAUGCAGCCAUGGCUCUGUCUCUGUGCUGUCCCUGCCCACUGCUGUGUCUGUGCUGCAGCGAGCCCCUUUGCUGGCACUGUGACUCUGAGCAGCAAAUGCUGUGGCUCUGAGGCUCUCCUGGCGUGGUGGCAGGCGAGGCAGAGCCAGCCCUGUGUGCUGGCGCAGGCCUCACAGCUGCAGCCUGCUCUGAAGAAGGCUCAGGCUGCCAGUGGUGGUGAGGAUAAUGGAGUGUGUCCCAUGGCAACGUGGCCUUUUGCCUCCCAGCGUGGUGUCUGAGCACGGGGGACAGAGAGGGGCUGAGCCCCAGGCAGGGUCUGCUGCACAGGGAGAACCAGGGGCUGGUGGGUGCUGUCGCCCAUCAGGAAACUGAUGCAAGGAGAGGAGAAGAGGAGGGUGAGGUGAGGUGAGGCUGGCAGCAGGAGUGGAAAUUUUGGGUUGAAUCUCCAGCCUGGUUCUCUUGGAUGCCUUGUCCUACUCAGCACCAGCUCCGGGACUGUAGCCAGGGUGGUGCGUCUCGUCUACCCCGAGCAUCUGCUGCGUGGCAGGAGGGAGCACCGAGCCCUUCUGGCUGCCUUGCCCUGCCAGUGCCUGUGGGCAGCACUGUGAGGCCAGCAGGGACUGUCCUCGGGCUGGCAGAGAGCAGCUGUGGCUGCCCAGCCUGGGCACUGUGGCUUGGCAGCACUGAGAGCGGGCACUGCCCUCGGCUGCUGCCAGGUGCAGGUUCAGGGUACUGUCCUUGAGGGAACCUCUUGGAAGCUGCACCUCGGUUUAUUUGUGAAUUGGAGGCAGAGACAAAGGUUGGAUGGAUGAUCCUGUGGCAGUGCAGUGCUGGGGAUCAAUUGGCUCACAGCUGUUCUGAGGUGGGAACUAAGAGUUGGUUGUUCACAGCGCGUUGGGGCCUGAUUCUCAUCCUGAGCUACAUCACCAUGCCUGCCAAAGUUUUUCUGCUGCAACACAGAAGGAUGUGUUUUCAGCAAAGGCUUCCAUGUAGAAGACUGAAAAAAAUUAUAUAAGAAGCAACUCCAAGCUUGGAAUGGUGUUGCCAAGGAGAAUGUUUACAAGGAAGCAGCCUGAUAAACAAAGAAAAUCGGUGAGUUUAAAGAGGUGAAAUUGUACAGUGUGGCAACAAUUCCCAGCUUGUCAGAGCGUCACAGUGGUCACGGCCACCUCAGGCUGACUGCAGAAUCUCCGUUUUUACAGGCAGCCUCAGGAAAGCAGGCUGGACUGAAAAAGUAACGGCAUUAUGUGGAACUUGUCUGAGUCACUGACCCUACAUCUCCACAAGUUCUUUCAGGGCACUGCCGUGAAGGAGGACAGAAGAGGCUGCAGCUGAGAGGCGAGCUGCCCUUUCUGGUCACCAAGGGUUUCAGAUCUCCUCCCCUAGCCUCUCCCAGUCUUUUGUACUUUCUCUGCUAAUCCAUCCAGUGCAGCAUACACUGACAGGGGCAGGAGCUGGAAAGCUGCUCUGAAAGCCUCUGACUACUGCUGGACCAGCUGCAGGCAUGAACUUGAAAACCGUGCUCGUCCUCCUUGGUCUGGCCUUAGCCACAAUCUUCGCCUUGGUCUGCGUGUUGCUGACCAGAGAAAGGACCCCCAGAAGCUGCCAGCACCUGCCCCCAGAGCAGGAGGACAUCGAGGACAGCCAGAGCCUGGUGUUUGCUGACCUGACAGCAGAGGAGAUGUCCCAGGUGGUGCGGUACCUGCAGGGACACCUCGGGGUGCCGCUGGUGGACGCCUCCCGUGCCAAACCCUCGGACAACUGCAUCGCCUCCGUGGAUCUGCAGGUGCCCGCCAAGGCAGAGGUGCUGCGGUUCCUGGACGGCGGCGGGGCUCGUCCCCCCCGGGAGGCUCUGGCUGUGCUGUACUUUGGGAAGCAGCCAGAGCCCAACAUCAGCGAGUACGUGGUGGGGCCGCUGCCGGGGCCGGCGUACCACCGAGACGUGACGGUGCAGAAGUACGGGGGGAAGGUGCCCUACCACCGCAGACCGACACUGGCUGUUGAAUACAAGCAGAUUGGAGGAUUUCUGAAGAGCCAAGUGUUUCCCUCGGCUCCAGCUUUCAUGCAGCAAGUUAUGGAGUAUGAUGGAACCAAUCUUGCAGUUGUGACAGCUGCUCCCCGUGGAUUCCAGUCUGGAGAUCGGGUGACCUGGUUUGUCCUGUUUCAGAACGUGAGUGGGUUCUUUGUGCACCCGGUGGGGCUGGAGGUGCUGGUGGACCACAGCAGCCUGGACAUGUCGCAGUGGGCGGUGAGCAGGGUGUUCUACAACGGGCAGUACUACAGGGACAUGGUGCAGCUGGAGAGCGCCUACGUGCAGGGCCGGAUCAGCGUGGAGAAGGUGAGGAAGGCGCCGUGGGACGGGGACUUCUCGUCCAUGAGGCCCCGAGCGGCCGCGGUGGCGCAGUUCCCGGUGCAGUUUGAGCCGCAGGGUCCCCGCUACAGCGUCAGGAACAACCAGGUGCUGUUCCAGGGCUGGAGCUUUGCCUUUGGCAUGAGCGUGAGCACAGGCCUGCGGCUGUUUGACAUCCGACACAAGGGGGAGAGGGUUGCCUAUGAGAUCGGUGUGCAGGAGGCGCUGUCCGUGUACGGCUCCAACUGCCCGGGAGGGAUGUCCACGCGCUACAUGGACGGCAGCUUCGGCCUGGGCCGCUACGCCUCGCCCCUGGUGCGAGGGCUGGACUGCCCCUACCUGGCCACCUACGUGGACACACACUCUCUGUCUGACAGCCUGAGGCCCAAGAAGAGGAAGGCUUCGCUCUGCAUCUUUGAGCAGAACCUGGGCUCCCCUCUGAGGCGCCACUACUCCAACUUGGAGGCGCUCUACUACGGGGGGCUGGUCAACUCUGCUCUGGUCAUUCGGUCCAUCGUCACCGUGGGCAACUACGACUACGUCUGGGACUUCAUCUUCUACCAGAAUGGGGCCCUGGAGGGCAAGGUGCAGGCCACGGGCUACCCCAGCUCCUCCUUUCUCCACGGGGAUGGCCUGAGAUAUGGCAAUAGGCUUUGGGAGCACACCCUGGGUACCAUACACACCCACUUUGUCAACUAUAAGGUGGACUUGGAUGUCGGAGGUAGGUCUGGAUCUUCUUUUAAUGUCUGCCAUUGUUCUGAUAAGCCCCAGAGCUUUGAGGUUGGCCUCCUUGUCCAUACAGCCGCUAAUAACUGACAUCAGAACUCUGCUUCUUUAUUCUCCUAACCUCUUCUUGCAUUGCAAAAUUAUUUUUCGCUUUAUAAAACAGUCUGUCAAGGUCAUUGAGUGGAAAGCAGUGGGAAUUUCUGGGAGCUCUGUGUUCAGCUCAGGGAAAGUAUGAAAGGUAGCGGCUGGAAAAUGUUUGUGUUUCCUUGAGGCCUCCCGUCUGGCACGGUGUGUGUUGCCAUAGGCAUGGGCAGGCAGACAGGGAGGUGGCCCUGUCUGAGCACAGACAGAGUGAGCUGCUUUCGCAGCGCCUGCUGCUGCUCCUGGCACUCCUUCUCCCUUGGGAAAAUCCUCCUUGGGUCUCACUGCCCCAUGGAAAGCAGGGCAGCUGUCCUGGUGCUCCGUGGGGCUGAGCCCCUGCGGGUCUCUCCCCUUCUUCUCUUGAGGAAACACUCAGGCAUUGGAU